ACCCUCCCCGGAAAAGCUCGUCACUUCCUGGUUCUGUAUCUGACGUGUCUAAAACAGUUUUACCCUGGUGGUGGGUUUUACUCGUGGGGGAUUUGUUUUCUAUUUAAGUAUUUAUCUGAUCCGUGGUGGCAAGAUGCUAGACUUCUUCACCAUCUUCAGCAAAGGGGGGAUAGUGUUGUGGUGUUUUCAGGGAGCCGGGGUCACGGAGUCUUUCACUGGACCUGUCAACGCUCUGAUCCGCUCGGUGAUUCUUCAGGAGCGGAGUGGGAAUAACUCAUACACUCAUGAGGCCCUGAGUCUUAAAUACAAGCUCGACAAUGAGUUUGAGUUGAUUUUUGUGGUGGGUUUUCAAAAGAUCCUGACGCUGACCUACGUGGACAAGUUCAUAAAUGAUGUUCAGCUCCAUUUUCGAGAUCGUUAUAAGAAUGAGUUGGAGCAGAAAGGAGCUCUCAAGCUUCUCAGUAACAACUUUGAAUUUGAGGAUGACUUUAACAAUCUUCUGAGAGAGGCAGAGGAGAGCAGCAAAGCUCGGAAUCCUGCUCCUAUGCGGUCUUUUAAGGAGUCCGAAAAAUCCCAGAAAACUGUGAAGUCAAUGAUUGAGACGAAGGGUGGGGACAAAGCAAAAGACCAGGGUGGCAAGAAGAACAAAAAUACCAAAAAGGAGGCUCCUGCAGCUGAGCCGGUCAAAGUGGAUCAAAGCAAGAACUCAUCCUCUGGGCAGAAGACGGUUGAGAAUGGGAACCAGGGCAUGUCUGCGGACGAGAUCAUACAAAAGAACAGAGAUGAAUUCUUUCGCAAGCGCAUGGCUGUAAACAUCACUGAAAAACCAGUUAAGUCUCCAAAGCCUCAGAAGCCGAGGGAGAAGCAGAUGCGCAAAUGGGACAUGGGUGGCAGCAGCACCAAGGAAUUGGACUACACAAAGAAUGGAAGCUCCCCAAAUGGUGGUGAUCAGAACAUGGAAGCACACAUUGACACGGGGAUAAAGCUGGACUCCAUGAAGGGUGACCUGCUGUCUGUGGACUAUGAGUCCAGUGAAGAAGAGGAGAUGGAGGAAGAGGAAGAGGAAAGAGUUGUUGUCAGUGAAACAAGCAAAGCAAGCUCCAAAAAGGGUGGUGGUUUCGGGGGCAUGUUUGGGAUGCUGAAGGGCCUGGUAGGGUCCAAGAGCCUUUCCCGGGAGGACAUGGAGUCGGUACUGGAGAAGAUGAGGGACCACCUCAUCGCAAAGAAUGUAGCAGCCGAAAUUGCCUCCCAGCUCUGUGACUCUGUAGCCAAAAAACUGGAAGGCAAAGUCAUGGGCACAUUCACCACUGUGGCCUCAACAGUAAAGCAGGCCCUGCAAGAAUCCCUGGUGCAGAUCCUGCAGCCCAAGCGACGGGUGGAUAUUCUGAGAGACGUCAUGGAGGCGCAGGGCCAGCGUAGACCUUUUGUCAUUACGUUUUGUGGUGUCAAUGGGGUUGGAAAGUCCACCAACCUUGCCAAGAUCUCUUUCUGGCUGAUAGAGAACGGUUUCACGGUGCUGAUCGCAGCCUGUGACACAUUCCGAGCCGGUGCAGUGGAGCAGCUCCGUACUCAUCAGCGUCGUCUGAACUCUCUGCAUCCUCCAGAGAAGCACGGAGGACGACCAAUGGUCCAGCUCUAUGAGAAGGGCUAUGGGAAGGAUGCUGCUGGGAUUGCCAUGGAGGCCAUUGCUUAUGCUCGCAACCAGGCCUUUGAUGUGGUGCUGGUUGAUACUGCUGGGCGUAUGCAGGACAACGCCCCUCUAAUGACGGCCUUGGCCAAACUAAUUGCAGUCAACAUGCCUGACCUUGUGCUCUUUGUUGGAGAGGCUCUGGUUGGCAAUGAGGCCGUUGACCAGCUGGUGAAGUUCAACCAGGCUCUGGCUGACCACUCCAUGUCUGACAAGCCUCGCCUCAUUGAUGGAAUUGUACUCACUAAGUUUGAUACCAUUGAUGACAAGGUUGGUGCUGCAAUCUCCAUGACUUACAUCACAGGCCAGCCUAUUGUGUUCGUGGGCACAGGGCAGACCUACAAUGACCUGCGCAGCCUCAACGCCCGCGCUGUGGUCAGUGCCCUGAUGAAGGCUUAAGUGGCUGCAUGUGUCCUGCUGUUUAUUCAUUGACGCAACAAAGCCAACAAUACCUUUGCCACGCUGCCGUGAGAUGUCCCAGCCCUGCUAACCUGCGUUUCUCAUCCCCCUGUCCUGCCCUCUCUACUUUGCAUCGAAUAAAGAACUCGUCACUCACAGGGAGGACUUCAUUCUCCCCGAGAAAGGAGAAGUGUAAAUGAGGUGCAUCAUGUAAAACUUUCAGGCCUAAGUUAAAUCAUACCUCAGAUCAGCCUGGACUUUGAGAGAAGUCAAACCUAAAGACAGUUUAGCUGACUAAAUGGACCUUUGCUGUAAAUAUCAUCAGCUUUCUGGUUUACACAGUAAAGGCUUAUAAAAAUCCCCACUGUGGCAUUUUGACAGUUUUCCUCUCUUUUUGUAAAUGAGGUCAGGUUGUCAGGGCCUGCUGAAUGUGACAUUUCAGCAGCUGCCUGUGCCUGAGGAAAGCUUAGUGACCAUAGUGCCUAUCUGCCCCACCGUCUUCUUAGUUAACACUUGUACCACAUGGGUGGUUGUCAUCCUAAAGUACCAUGGCAUUGCAGUUCAGAAAUCACUACCUCCGCUUUUGAGAAGGAGUAUGAAUCUGCUUACAUUUGGUCGUAAAGUCAGCACUUAUGAAGUUACAUGUUGUACUCUCGUCAAAAAAUACUAUUAAUUAAGACACGGUUUGUGAAAUGGGGAUACUUAUGGAUGGACAGUUAUCCCUCAGAACUCCUCAGCAGUCUACCACACAGAUCUCCCAUUUUAUUACAGAAGAGAAUUUGAUCUCUGAGUCUGAAAUUCAUGAAGAUGAAAUGGUUUUGUAAUUAUUAUUUUUUUAGAUCCGAUCGUGCGUUUCUUUUCAGAUUACACCUUCUGUGUGGUCGGUUGUGUUUGUUUUCCCUUCUGAUUGACUCUUUAUUACAUAAGAGUAUAUGUAAGUCUUAAAUAUCUCUUGCCCCCCUUUAAUUUGUUGUAGUGCAAUACAAGAGAAUCAAGAGAUAUACAGAAGAUUUUGGCUAAUUUAUGAGAAUGUAAACAUUUCUAAAUAAAGCUGCUAUAUGCUA